AGAAAAAGUGAGUUAACGGAUUUAAAUAUAAUGAGAGUGGGACAAUAAAGAUAUCCUAGUAUCAAAUGAUAAUAAUAAUAAUAAAAAUAUAAAAGUAUAUGUGCUAAGUAUUUAAAAAGCAAGUGUAUGAGCAUAUGUAUCACAAUAUAUAGUUAUAACACAGUGACGAUCGCAAAAAAGUUCUCAGUAUUAUUAAGACCAAUAAUCCAAGCGCGUAUUUCGUCCGGAUGCUGUGUGAGAUUAAAAUACUUGAAUUAAACAUCAGUAUUUACAAGCUCAGUACCUGGGUUAUUUGAAAGCCAGCGUGGAUCCAACAUGUUUUGGGCAAACAUCUAUGCACUGUCUCCGCAAAUCGAGGCAUUACUCAAUAAAGAGGAUGUAACGCUCCAAGAGUUGAUGGAUCAAGAGGAAAUCGUGCCUGAGUGUAAAAGUCAGAACAAAAAAUUAGUUGAAUAUUUAACCAGACCUGAAAUAAUCGAAGAGUUGGUGGCAUUGACGACUAAAGAACCGCCUGAGGACAUCGAGGAAAGGUGGAGGUACAAAUACCCCAAUGUUGCUUGCGAGUUGCUAACGUGCAAUGUCCCGACUCUUAAUGAAAAGUUGGCAGGCUCGGAAACUCUGCUGGCUAAAUUGUAUUCUUUCAUUGAUACUGAUGAACCUUUGAAUCCACUUCUUGCCUCUUUUUUCAGUAAAAUAAUUGGAGUUUUGUUGAUACGUAAAAGCGAUCAGAAUUGGUACUCCUAUCAGUUCAUGUGCUUGCAGGUAUUAGAGUUUCUUAAAGGUCGUCAAAAAUGCGUGGAUCGUCUUCUCGAGCACUUGGAGACUUCGGCGAUAAUGGACUUAGUAUUGAAACUGGUGACCAAAGUCGAGGGUGUCGAUAUGCGUCAGAAUAUUUUAAAUUGGUUGGACACUCAACAACUUAUACAACGAUUGAUUAAAUUAUUGUCAUCUGAAUCAAAUUCAGAAAAACAUACUAAUGCGGCACAGUUACUUUGUGAUAUUAUUAAAUUAGCAAGGGAAUACAGGCUCACAUGUACAGAACGUACUGACCCUGAUCCUAUUCUCAAUACAUUAGAGUCAGAAGAAACAGUUUCGCUAAUAUUAGAAACUAUUUUAUCUGGCGAACAUAAAGAAAGCAGCAUCGUAGGAGGCAUUCAAGUGCUAUUAGUUUUACUCGGUCAAGAAUCCAACAAUAUUUUAAUUGAUCCAAAAAUGCAAGGUAAUAAUCCUGGUGAAGAAGUGACAGAUAAUGUGGACCGUAUUAAAAUCCAAAAUGCAACUUUACCGUACCUGGAAAAAUUACAACAGCUAUUAUUAAAUCCACCUUCUAAGCCUGGAGUAAAAACAACAGUUGGAUUACUAGAGAUUCCACUAGGGAACACGCGCCUACAUAUUGCCAAAUUAUUGACAGCCCUUUUGUCAUCGGAGAACAUUAAAGUAUUUCGAAAGCUCGCCGAACUCGGUACAUUCCAGACUCUGUUGGAUUUAUUUUUCAAGUACUCUUGGAAUAAUUUCCUCCAUACUCAAGUCGAUCAAUGUCUGGCUUUAGUUAUUAGCGGAGAGUGGCAGGAGAAGAGUAAUUUAGUAUAUACGCACAUAUUCGUCCAGUGUAAAUUGAUUGAUCGUAUACUAGACGCUUGGGUGAUAAACGACGAUAAGCAGAAAAAAGAAAAUGGAAUACGUCAAGGUUACAUGGGUCAUUUAAUAAAUAUAGCAAAUAAUAUUGUCAAAAAGGCUGAAAAAAGUGAAGAUUUUGAUAGGUUUUUAAAAGACAAUAUCCCGGCAGAAUCUCUGCACAAGUGGGAAGCUCUUGUAAAUACUCAGUUAGCUGAAAUAAAUAAAACACAUCAAAUAUUCCUGGGUGGAAAAACUCAGCCGUACAUCACAUCAUCGGAAGACAGUACAGAAGAUUUUAAUUCUUACUCACAGGAUAAUUAUAUACAACAGGUUUAUGAAAACUAUCAGGAACAAAAGAUGACAUCACGUUUUGCUACUAACUAUGGUUUAUAUGAUGAUGAAUUUAAUGAGGGCAAUGAUGCUUUACAGCCUAGUAAUUCGGUAGACCAAAUAACCACGAUGCCUUUCACUUUAACUGAAGAAGAUCUUAUUAAACAAGAAGAUGCAUUUAACAAGAUUUGUCAACAAAAACAAAAAGCCGGCCUAGAAGAAGAUGGUCUUGAAUGGGGUGAUGAAGGUGAAUUAACUUUCCAAACCGUAAUUGAUAAACGUGAUUGGCCGUUCAAACAGCAGCAACACGAUUCAAUAUCUUCUGACGAGGAUGAAGAAACAAAAGACAUACAAAUGGAAAUUGAUUCUGCUGAUCCUUGGGAUACACCAGAACCUUUAUCAAGCAACACAAUCUUACCGGAAGUAAAUCCUUGGGAUUCAUCAACAUCGCCUACGGAUGAAUCAUCAGGCUGGGCUAAUUUUGACAAUUUUGAUAGUUCACUCCAUAUUGCCAGUAUGAAUGUACUACAAAGUGCGUUUGUACCUAGUGCCGUAGUUGCCGAAGCUGAUAAUAAACAGCAAGUACCUGAAACAACGACAAGUACAACAGAUAAAGAUACUACUUCAACUUCAGCCGUACCAACUUCUCCGUCUUCAUCUCCAUCUCCUUCUUCUUCUGAUAUCAAGCCUGUGGAACCAUCAGCCGCUGAUGAUAAAAUUACUGCAGCAAAUAUCAACGAAGAACAAAAUACAAUUAUCAGUAAUACAAUUAAAGAAAUUAGUAACCCCGAGAGUAAUGUGUCUUCAAUAAAUGUAAAUGAUAACGCUAAUGUAGAGCCAAUUGAAAAUAUUACCCCCAGUAAUAGAAAACCUGACGAGCCUGAAGAUAAAUCACGUGCACUUACAACUUUAUAAACGAACCACCGCCGAUUGUUAAAUUGUAAAUUAAUAAGGAUGAGAUUUUUGUUGUUUAGUUAAUUGGUGAUUAUGAUAAUGUAUGAGUGAAUGCAUCGAAAAGUAAGAAAAAAUAAUAAUAAAAUUUUAAUUCAA